AUUCAAAUUGCACUUCGGAAUAAAUGGAUCCCCAAACAAUUUAGGUCAUAGGCUUUAACGAAUUACCAUAAAUUGAUCCGAAUCAAUUAACCUAAUUGGCAGCUGAGACUCAAUAACUAUUUACCUUUGGAACGAAAGCAUGGUUGUAGUUAUUCUAAGCCAUCACAAAUCUAAGGUGUAUCAAUAAAUAUGUACCUCAAUAUGUGAAUCAACUAUUCGAGAUGUUUGGAUAAUAGGUUAUGGUAGCAUUAGAUGACUCGAAAGUAAAAAUUGAUUAAAUAUUUAGCCUAAAAUUUAAAGAAAUGUUGUGACAUUGAUUAAUGAAGUGUUUUCUCUAGGUCGAAGUGUGCAAAUCUGUCCAUAAAUCUUUUAAGUCUUUGUCCCAAAGUUGAUUUUGAAAUCCCAAAACUCUGAACACAAAUAAAUUAAAGAAGAAUGCUUAGUAUAAUUUUAAUCACUAUCAGAGGUUGCUGUCAGUAAUUACAUACUUAAUUGUUCACAAUAUGAAGCAGGCUUAUUUGCAGUGAUUUAGUUGACUGGACAAAAGAAAUCCACGGUUCCACUUCAAAAGUUUUGUCUUUAAGUUUUGGCAAAAUAAAUACAAACAAUUGGUUCCUUUUUAUAGUCUUUCAGUGUCAAUACACUUACCUUGCUUUUGUAAGCAUUAAGCUCAUUUUUAAAUUCUCAAGGAGGUGAAAUCCAAACAUACGCAUUUUAAAUUUGUAUGUAUUUACAUUAAUUGGUUGGCGAUUAAAAUUUUAAAAACUGGAUGUCGGUAUCAUUAGAUCCACAAUCCACUCAAAUCAUGGUCAAUAAAAUAUAGGAGGUCUUAAGAAAGAAAUCUAAAGCAAAAUAACAUACGACAAUUACAGAUAUGAAAUAAAGAAUGACUUUCGGAGUAUAUGAAAACCAAGAAUAAGUGGAAAAUUAAAAUCACUUUAAUGAAUUUGUUAAAGACAAAUAAAAAGCUAACAAUUUCUUGGAUUUAAAUCAAGUCCAACCUCUACAACCCUCUGUGUAUUAUAAUGAAAAUUUGAAUUACCAAUAAUAAUCUUAACAUUUAAUGUAAAACUUGAGUUAAUAAUAAUUCAUAUAAUAUUAAUGA